UCAAUUUCUUGCAGAAAAUGAGGAGAGGAAUGGAGGAGAUGUAUCGGCUUCUCUUCCUCUUGGGCAUAUGAAUGCAUUUGCACGGGCAAUCGGGGCUAGUUUUUGCAGGGGCGGGAGAAGGCAAUGGCGGUGUUGGAAACUUUGGACGCGUUCUUGGCCUCGGCGAGCAGGGCAUGCUGUAGCCCCCUUGCCGUUUUCAUCCAGAUCCAGGGUUGUGUAAUAUGUUUAACUCUUGCUAUUGGAUGGGCCCUUGCUGCUUAUGUCAGGAGUAGGACUAUACAUCAUAUAAAGUGUAAUAUCAGAAAAGGCAACAGUUUUGCAUUUAUCUGUGGAGAUAUUAAUGAUCUUGAGCACUCUGCUCAGAUGAAUUUGCCUGGAGUGUCAGUUAUAAUGCCUUUGAAAGGAUUUGGGGAACACAACUUGCAAAAUUGGAGAACCCAAAUCACUUCUCUUUAUGGAGGACCUCUUGAGUUUCUUUUUGUAGUUGAGAGUUCUGAUGAUCCAGCAUACACCGCAGUCUCCUCACUCAUUUCAGAGUUUCAGGACAACAUUGAUGCAAAGAUAGUUGUAGCUGGAUUGACUACAACAUGCAGUCAAAAGAUUCAUAAUCAAUUAAUUGGUGUGCAAAGAAUGCAUAAAGAUAGCAAGUAUGUUUUGUUCCUGGAUGAUGAUAUAAGGCUCCAUCCUGGAUCAAUCGGUGCACUUACAGCAGAAAUGGAGAAAAAUCCUGAGAUUUUUAUUCAAACAGGUUAUCCUCUAGAUUUGCCAUCAGGAAGCUUGGGAAGCUACUGCAUAUAUGAAUAUCACAUGCCUUGCUCUAUGGGAUUCGCAACUGGUGGAAAAACUUUCUUUUUGUGGGGAGGCUGCAUGAUGAUGCAUGCAGAAGAUUUUAGGAAAGACUUAUAUGGUGUUGUUAGUGGGCUUAGUGAUGGUGGAUACUCAGAUGACAUGACCCUUGCAGCAAUCGCUGGACAACAUAAGAGACUUAUUUGGUCACCACCUGUUGCUAUCUUCCCCCAUCCCCUUGCAAGUGACCUUAGCUUUCCAAGAUACUGGAAUUACCUAAGAAAGCAAACAUUUGUUCUCGAAUCCUAUAUAUCAGAGGUUAACUGGAUGAUGAACCGUGCAUUGUUUUCUACACAUUGCUAUCUAUCUUGGGGAUUUGUGUUGCCAUAUUUUAUGGCACUCAUACAUGUUGCAGCAUUCUUACGAGCACCAAAUACUGGUUCUUUAUCUAAGGAAUCCUCUUCCUCGUACACCGGAUUAUUGCUAGUUAUCGGCUUGCUUAUAUCAACUGUUAUAGAGCUUCUUUCAAUGUGGAGUUUAACUAAGGUGGAGGUUCAACUAUGCAACAUGUUAUCCCCAGAAGGGGCAACUCUUUCACUUGAUUCGUACAAAUGGGGAUUUGUGUUUCUAGCAAUGUUAGUUGAUAAUUUCUGGUAUCCAAUCUCCGCAAUUCGUUCACAUUUUUCAAAAUCUAUAAAUUGGUCUGGUAUCCGGUAUCACUUGAAAGAUGGAAAAAUAAGCAAGAUUGAAAGGUCUAUGGAAAAUGGUCCAAGCUACUCUGACCUUGCAUGGAAGAAGUUAUAUGGUAAAAUACAGCCCCAUCCUAAAGGCUCACUUAUCAACUACUUGUCAAGAAAGUAUUCAUUAGCACCAACCAAAGAGGUGUGAGAGCCAGCAGUCACUAUGCUGUAAUAGACCCCUUUUUUUCUCCCUUUAGUUGAUGCAUUCUACACGUCUACUGUACUAUUAUUCUUUUGUUGCCCUUUCUUGUUUCUAAGAUAUGAACCGAUCACUUUAAACCCAUGGUGUUCGGUCAUGCCCACCAUUGGAAUUUUGUAUUACCAGUGUAUCUAUACAACCCGUUUUUUGCAAGUUUUUUAUAUAUAAUAUUUUCCUUUCUUUCUGCCAUUA